CUGACACAUCAAGACAAUUGUCACGCGUACCUAGCUAGGAAGUAUAGUGUGUAAUAGUUAAGCUAUCUUCCUAGCGUUAUACCGAAAUUAAUUAUAGCUUAUAUUUCAUUAAAGUCAGACACUGUAGCGUAUGCGAUGGAGAAAGGAGACAGCGUUGGUCGUUUUCCAUUCCCGUUUAAACCGUAUCCAAUUCAGGAAAGCUUCAUGGAAACUCUCUACGCGGUGUUGGAUCAGGGAAAAGUUGGCAUUUUCGAGAGUCCCACCGGAACGGGAAAGUCUUUGAGUCUGAUUUGCGGUGCUUUGACAUGGUUGAGAGACUUUGAGGAGAAGAGGAAAAAGGAAACUGCUAAGCUUUUGCAGGAAGGAGAGAAACCAAGAAAGGCUGGAAAAGAAAGUGAAGAAAAGGGUGAUGGAUGUGAGAAGACAGAUGACGAGAGGAGGUUCGGUGGUGCAGAACCAGACUGGGUCUCCGAGUUUGUGCAGAAAAGAACAGAAAGAGAGGUCGUGAACAAAUUAAAGGAUGAGGAGAUGAAGCGAAAGCGGAGGGAAGACAUGCUGGACAUGAUCAGACUCAAUGCCCAUCUUAAAUACUCCAUGAAAAGAAAAAACAAUGAUGACAAUGAGACAGAAAAGUUGCUGCAGCUGAGUAGUACACAGGGACUGGGGUCAGAGGAUCGGUCUCCUGAAGAGGAAGAGGAGGGCUUUAUCGUUGCAGAUUAUGAAAGUGAUGAAGAAAACGCACCCAAAAACAGGCUAUGUAACGAUGAUGAUGAUGAUGAUGAUGAUCUAGAGGAAGAGCAUGUCACUAAAUUAUAUUACUGCAGCCGUACACACUCCCAGCUUGCCCAGUUUGUGCAUGAAGUGCAAAGGAGUCCGUAUGGGUCCACAGUCAGCCUGGUCAGCCUGGGCUCCAGACAGAAUUUGUGCAUUAAUCCAGAUGUAGCACGGCUGGGGAGUCUGCAGCUGAUCAAUGAUCGCUGUACGGAGCUGCAGAAAAAUAAACAUGAUAAGAAGAACAAGUCAGAAUGGGAGCCGAAGCGGAGUCGCCGGGGUCACACGGUAACGUGUGCCUUCUCUGCCUACGAGAAGCUGAUGUCCAUGCGGAAUGACGUGCUGGCAACCGUGCGUGACAUUGAACAGCUUGUGCAGCACGGCCGAGCUACACACUCCUGCCCUUAUUACAGCACACGGCUGGCUAUUCCUGCAGCUCAGGUGGUGGUGUUGCCCUAUCAGUCUCUGCUGCAUGCAGCCACCCGCAAAUCAUCAGGGAUCAAACUGAAGGACCAGAUCAUCAUCAUUGAUGAGGCACACAACCUGAUUGAUACAAUUACCACGCUACAUAGUGCUGAGGUCAAUGGAGCCCAGGUCUGCAGGGCUUACUCUCAGCUCAUGCAGUACUGCGAGCGCUACAGGAGUCGUCUAAAGGCCAAGAACCUGAUGUAUAUCAAACAGAUCUUGUUUGUGCUUGAAGGACUGGUGCGGACCCUUGGAGGGAAAGUGGGACUGAACCCUGUUGCUCAGAGCACUCAGUCAGGUACUGAGUUACUAACAAUCAAUGACUUCCUGUUCAGAGCCCAGAUAGACAAUAUAAACCUAUUCAAGGUUCAGAGGUAUUUUGAGAAGAGCAUGAUCAGCAGGAAGCUGAGUGGAUUUGUAGAGAAGUAUGAAGGGAGUGGAGUGACCACACACUCGGGUUUCAUAAACAAAGAGAAUCGCAGAACUGACGGACUAGGCCGCUUUCUUCAGACUCUCCAGAGCAAGCCUGCAGCUCCUCCAGAGCAGCAGGGGGCAGUAGAGGACAGGAAUACAAUGGCAUCCCCCAUGAUGCUAGUGGAAAGCUUCCUUUUCUCUCUCACCAACUCUAACAAAGAUGGGAGAGUGGUGAUGGAAAAACAAGCAUGUCUCGCUCAGAGUAGUGUAAAGUUUCUCAUGCUGAACCCAGCAGUUCAUUUUGCGCAAAUCGUCAAGGAAUGCAGGGCCAUCAUCAUCGCUGGGGGAACCAUGCAGCCUGUCACAGAUUUUAAGCAGCAACUUCUACUGUCAGCAGGGGUCUCUGAGGAACGUAUUGCAGAAUUUUCAUGUGGUCACGUCAUCCCUCCAGAAAAUAUUCUACCCGUAGUCCUCUGCGUGGGACCCUCUGGACAAGAGCUUGAAUUUACCUUCCAGACUAGAGAAACUCCACAGAUGAUGGAGGAGACAGGACGUGUUCUGUCUAACCUGUGCAACGUGGUCCCAGGGGGCGUGGUCUGUUUCUUCCCGUCAUACGAUUAUGAGAGGAGAAUACUGGCACACUGGGAGACCAUUGGAGUCCUGCAGCGCCUUUCAGCCAAGAAGAAGGUUUUCCGGGAGCCAAAGAAAGCCAGUCAGGUGGAGCAGGUGUUGUCUGAGUACACGAAGUGUAUUCAGCGUUCAUGCAGUACUGGAGGUGGCCAGUCAGGGGCGCUGCUGUUUUCUGUGGUUGGAGGAAAAAUGAGUGAAGGUAUCAACUUCUCUGAUGACCUGGGAAGGUGCAUUGUGGUGGUUGGAAUGCCAUAUCCCAACAUUAAGUCCCCUGAACUUCAAGAGAAGAUGGCAUACUUAAAUAAACACAUGCCUCAUCUGGAUGGCAGAAGUCCUGGAAAAGCUUUAGUGGAAAACCUGUGUAUGAAGGCUGUCAACCAGUCAAUAGGGCGAGCGAUUCGUCACCGUGGUGACUACGCUUGCAUCGUGCUCUGUGAUCGACGCUACUCACGUGGCAGCACUCUGCAGAAGCUUCCAGAGUGGAUCAGAACCAGCACACACACACACAGCAGUUUCGGCCCUGCAUUCGCCAGCAUCAGAAGGUUUUUCCUGGAGAAGCGGCAGAUGCAGCACAUCUAAGCAGAACACCAACAGAUCUCAGUUCAACAGCCCUCUCCUGAGAGAGCUUUUCAGGAGUGUGUGUAGGACUGUGUAUAUAUAAAGGACAUGUACUUGUGGUACUCUGUAAAAGUCAUGUAAAUAAUGAAUCGCUGCAGGUUCUUCCCUCUCAUUCUUCGUUUGGCUUUUAUUUCAGCUGAUGCAUUUCUACAGUGCCGGUUCAGGAAUGUUGUGUUUCACUCAUUGUUCUACUGACAGUGUUAAAGCUUAUUUUGCAUAAUGUUGAGUUCAUUUUGGGUUUGUUCCUUUAUAGCACAUACAUGCUCCAAUAAACAAACUGACACUCUCAA